GACGAUCAACUCUUUGUUACCGCCGGCGCGAAAACCGAAGUUCAUACUAUCAUGUCUACCACCACAGGAAUGGCUGUUCCUCCAGCUCAAGGUCCAGCUCUAUCCAAGCGUUCGGAGUCCAUUGCGGCAACCCGUACCAAUACUCCCAAGAGCACCUUUGUUACCAUCAACAAGGCUGAUCCUCACUUCGAGGUGGAGAAGGCCAAGGCCAAGCUCGAUUUAGCUCUCAAGGAGGUUGAGAUCUACAAUCAAGCUCAAACUCUUGAGGAGAAGUUGCGAGAUCUUGAGAAUCUGGAGAUGGAGGUUGAUGAGGUUGGUCAGGGUCUGGUUAACAGCCUUGUGGUUGCCAAGAAGGCAUUUGAAGCUCUGGAGAACAAGCUGCGAAAUGCGGAGGGAAACAAGCAGAACUUCGUCCUUGCGGUCCAAUUCGACAAUGGCGAUAAGGACAAGGUCAAUCUCCGCAGGGCAGAACUUGAAAUCAUGAAGCUGAAGGCAACCAUGGUUGAAAAGGAGAUCGAGAUCAUGGAGGACGAGAUGAACUUCAAGGACCACGUUCGCGAUAAGCAGACAACCGAUACCCGAAUGGCCGAUGCUCAGCAUGCAGUCGACGCCGCACGAAACCAACUCGAUGACUUGAAGGAAGCUUUAGGUGCUGCUGAGGUUGAAUUUGGCGACAAGUACGGUACAUCCCUAGGUGGUUUUGCUGAUGCGGUUGCUUCUCAAGCUCAGCUUACUGCAGAAGUACAAGCAUUGAAGGCCAAGGUAGAGCAGAUGGGUCCUCUCUACUGGAUUGGACAUGCCACCCGUGCCCGUUACAUCCUGUGGGAGUUGAAAUACUUGAGAGGCACUCCUAUGGAUCGUGAGAUUGAGCUCGAGAGUCAUACUGCGUGGAAGAUGGCUAAGAUCGUGGCCGAUGCUACCAUGUAUCUGGAGUUCUGCGACAGACAACGCCUUCCGACUGAAGAUUUCGAGUUCCUGUAUGGUGUGACCGCAGCCUUUGCUUGGGAGCAUCGUGAUUUCUCGAUGUUGAUGAACAUGCUCGGGUAAGUUAUCAAUCAGUUGGAAGCAAGACAUGCGUCGAAUGAGAAGCUCCUGCAAGCCAGAAGUUUUCAAUGAGAACUAUGAGAAAGUCAUCGCGAAGAUCAUGCCAAACUUUGAGUUGAAGUGUGAUGAGGACCUCAAGAGUGAUGCUUCGGCCUUCGAGUCUUACUUGGUAAUGCAAUCCGAACAUGAGAAGGCACGCCUUAAUCACGGCAGCGCUCCUCGUAUUGGCCAAUCGUCUCGCCCAAACUAUGGCUCCGGCGUUAAUAAUAGCUCCAGCUCCUUCGCUUAUGCCUCUCAAAUGGGUAUCAAUUGGUUUCCUAUGGGAUUUUCGCUGAUUUGACUGGAGAAUGGUUAUUGCUCAUGCAUAGGGAAGGG